AUGCAAAGCGCGCUGUUCCUGGCGCUGCAGCACGACGGCGGGCGGAUGGAGCGGGGCGGCCGCCGCCGCAGCAGCGAGGCGGAGGAGGCGGAGAAGGGCAGGAUGAAGAGGACGAUCAUUAAAGAUUGGAAAACAAGACUGAGCUACUUCCUGCAGAACUCUUCCAAUUCUACUAAAAUGAAAUCUAAGAAAGUGGGGAAACACUGCACCUACUUCAGACCUUCCCCUGAAGAAGCCCAGCUGUGGUCAGAAGCCUUUGAUGAACUUCUUGCUAAUAAAUAUGGUCUUGCUGCUUUCCGAGCUUUUCUGAAGUCUGAGUUCUGUGAAGAGAACAUCGAGUUCUGGUUGGCCUGUGAGGACUUCAAGAAAACCAAGUCACCUCAGAAGCUGACAUCAAAAGCAAAAAAAAUCUACAAUGACUUCAUUGAAAAGGAAGCUCCCAAAGAGAUAAACAUAGACUUCCAAACCAAGAACAUGAUUGCGCAGAAUAUUCAAGAAGCCACACAUACCUGCUUCAGCGCAGCACAGAAGAGAGUGUACAGCUUAAUGGAGAAUAACUCAUACCCACGGUUUUUGGAAUCUGAAUUCUAUCAGGAGCUGUGCAAGAAGACGCCCAUCACCAGAGCAGCCCAGGGGACGUGAGCAGUGGAGGAGAGCGGGAAGAAUCCUCUCAGCUAGUGAGGAAGCAAGCCACAGCUCAUGGCAGCAUCCUGACCUGAAAGACUGAGAUAACGAGCGCUCAGUCUGUUUGCCACGGUGCAAGGACAAAUACUGGCUUUGGUGCAAAGCUGAUGGCAAAGAGUGAUGCUGUUGGAGGGUGUUGGGAGGUGACGGCAGAAGUGUGCCAGCCAGCUGCUGGCGAUGUGCUGCUCUGAGUGCUGCAGUGGAAAGUGACUGUGCAUUAGACCAAACUGUACAGUGUAAGAGUCCUUCUGUCAUAGCAGAGGUGGCGAUGCAGCAGGUCAGAACAGAGCUUCCUUCUUGUAAACAGAAGCUGCUCUGUACAGUUGCACAGUGCUGGAAACUAGAGUAAUUGGUUGCAUAUUUAUUUUUCCUAAACAUCAACCAGUGUUGCCAUCAUCAGUCACUCAGUGUGUUCACACUGGUUCUGUAAACUGCCUCUAGCUGCAAAAGAGAUGUGUUGGGUGUCUGUGCAGCUUCCAGACAGUAACAGCACUGUGCAGCGUGAAGUGAGGAAGGGAUUAACUCUGUUCCCACAGGAACAGGUUCUGCAGCUAAAGCAUGCAGGGCUGGGUUGUGUCAGCGGGGCUGCAUGAGGCCAGAUUGAGGGCAAAACUUGGCCAAGGCGAACAGGAGCUGUACAGUAUUAUAUUUAUAUGUGGAUUAUGAUUGUGUUGAAUGCUGCAAUAAUGUCAUAAUUCUGUCUUGAGGACAGCAAGCUUCAGUGAAGUCUCUUAUCAUUUUUAAUAAACUAUUUUGAUACAAAG